UGUUGUCAAAGCUGCUUUGGCUUUGGUUUGUUUCAUGCAGUUUUUCCAAUAAAUAAACAAGAAUAAAAAAGUAAUAAUGAUCGGUGUGCGUUUAAAUACGUUUAAUGAUACUUCUGGUGAACCGGAACAAGACGCCAACUCGGCAUUAACCGAAUUAGACAAAGGUCUCCGUUCAGGAAAAGUGGGCGAACAAUGCGAAGCUAUAGUCCGAUUCCCGCGGUUAUUCGAAAAAUAUCCUUUUCCUAUACUCAUAAACUCUUCGUUUCUCAAACUCGCCGAUGUCUUUCGUAUGGGGAAUAAUUUCCUCCGUCUAUGGGUGUUAAGGGUCUGUCAACAGAGCGAGAAGCAUUUAGACAAGAUUUUGAACGUCGACGAGUUUUUAAGAAGAGUUUUCAGUGUUCUACAUUCAAAUGACCCGGUGGCCAGGGCUUUGGCUCUGCGGACGUUGGGCGCAGUGGCGGGAAUUAUACCAGAGAGGCAGAAUGUGCACCAUGCCAUACGUAGAGGACUGGACAGCCAUGAUAACGUGGAGGUUGAUGCUGCUAUCUAUGCUACUACAAGAUUUGCUGAGCAUUCCAACGCAUUUGCGGUAGCCAUGUGCAAUAAACUGUGGGACAUGGUGGACUGUGAGAGCACCGCAGCUGAACGUAGAGCCAAGCUUGUCAGAGCUCUGAGGACUGUACAUGGUGGAGCUGUGCGAGCCCAAGGAGUACUGAAGCUAUUGCGCUCGUUACUAGAAAGGUUUCCUUCAUCAAGUUCGGUGCGCGCCGCCAUCACUGCGCUCACGCACAUUGCCGCCGAUACUGUAGUGCAUGUGCCUGAUCAGGUGGAACUCCUCCUAAGCAUAGCGAUGAACGACGCCCGCUCGUCCGUCCGUCGCGCCGCGCUCCUGGGCCUGCGCAAGCUGGCCGAGCACGCGGCGCUGUGGCCGGCCGACUGCGUGGAGAAGCUCGUCCGCGCCGCCACCGACAGCCACGAGAUGGAACACACCAUGCUGUGUCUGCAAGUCAUGCAGAAGCUGGUGUCAUGCCCGGCAGUGUGCGCGGCGGCGGCGAGCGGCGCGGGCGGCUGCGCGGCGCUGCGCCGCUACUGCAGCGACGCCACGCUGUCCGCUGAUCUCACGCGAGCCGCCACUGCUGCUGAUGUGUUGACCAGGCUUGUGGUGCAUUGCUACGAGGAAUGUAUACCAGUGGAGGGGGGUGAACUGAUGCUGGCUUUGGAGACAUUGGUUAUAGCUACCGGCGAGAAUGACAAUCCUAAUAAUAUUAAGUCGCUGAGAGUUGCGCUGCGGUGCUUGGUACAACUAAGCCGCGCCGAAGCAUCAGCCUACGCGGGCCGCACCGCCAACGUGGUGGGCACCCAGCUGCAGGCCUGCGCCAGCACCGGCGGGGCCCGCACCGCAGCCCUGCUGGAGGCGCUGGCGGCGCUCGGCGGAGCCCCCCACGCGUCCGCGCAUCUAGCACCCGCCAUGCCGGCGCUGCAUCACGCGCUGAGCUUGUUGCCGAGGUGAGUUGAGAAUCCUCCAGACGACGGCACGGCACUAGUGCUGCUAUACACGGUACUGUUCCAAGAGCGAGCGGGCAAGGCACUGACGCACAAGAUCAGUCCCGCGUGGCAGGAACAGAUACUGAACACUCUACAGCCCGCUGACGGCUGGGUGAGGUAUCGAGUCGCUAGGGCUGCGCUCAGGUACGGUCACCACAGUCUAGCGGCGGCCAUAUUGAAGCGUCUGUCGGAGGAAGCGCCGAGCGAGGCGGCGCAGCGCUGGCUGACCGCGCUAUACCGCGCCGCCGCUGCCGAUGCCAAGCUAGUUGAAGAUGGUAUAUCGGGUCUCGAAGAAGCCAGCUCAGGCUGGGAGGUAGCCAGUGGGUGGGGUGGUGCAGGUGGGGCGGGUGGGGGCGGCGCUGGUGGCUGCGGGGGCGGGUGCGCGGGCUGCGGGGCGUGCUCCCCCCUCGCGCCGGCAUGGAUGAAGGCGAGGGCACAUGCUCUUAACGCCUUAGCGAGGACUGCGCAUGCAGCGAGGUCGCUGUGUACUCAGCCCCCGCCGGCGAUUGCGCAUACAUUCUCACAGAGUCAACGCGACCCCGCGCUGAAGGCGGGCGCGUUCGCCGGCGCGGUCCGCAAGGCCGCCCGCGCGGUCGCCGCCGUCGCGCACAAGUACGCCGCCAUAGCGAGCACCGCCUUCCAUGCUGAUGACUCUACGCUCAGGCAGCUGCAUAUUUCGCAGCACACAUACAACCAACUAGCUCAGUUCCUGGACCGCAUCACGUCCUCCAGCCAGGAGCGACCCACCGACCUGGACAGCGUGGACUUUAAGCCCACCACGUUGGAAGAAAUGAUCGCUCUGUCAGCCAGUAACGCGCUCAAUGAGAUAUCUACCAAGCUGUUUGAUAAUCCGACUACUAAUCCUGGGAUUACACAUCGGCACAUGGACGCAGUGCUAGCCGCGGUCCGCGCGUGCAGCGGCGGCUGCGUGUGGAGCCGCGGCGUGUGUGCCGGCCGAGCGAGCGGAGCCCUGUGCCGCGUGUCGCUGUCCCCCGCCUGGCGGGCGCCGCCGCCCGAGCACGCGGCCGCGCUGCCGCUGUCGCACCGCCUCGCGCUCAAGCUGGAGGGCGUCGUGCUGCCGCUCAGCAAACGCCAAUGCAAGCGUCAAGUGAAGGGAGUGCAGAUUACCGUCACCGCUACACCGCACCCACGCACCAAUGAAAAGACGGUGGAACUUACAAACAUCCCGCCGGUACUAACAGCGGUACAGACAGUGACUCCCGUCCGCGACUUCUUCUCGGCACAACAGCUGGUAUCAGUCAACACGCCUGGUCUUUACACUGUGGCAGUCGAAGCGGCCUUUAUUGACGAGACCGCUCAGCUCUGGAACACUGGGCCUAGGACUUGUAUUGUUAUUAAGGCUCAUGAAGACCCCAGUGCGAAGGGAAGCGUCCAAGCUACUCGCGGUAGAUUUUAAGUUAACCAUUAAUUAUUGAUUUACUAUGUAGAUUAUAAGAUAACUUGGUAUCACUGUACCUACAUCUCAACUCGUAGAAAGUAUUUCGAGUUUGAAUUUAAUUAAAACGACUUAUAACUGUAUGAAUCUUC